GUGAAAAGAACACCAGGUGCUGCUUCAUCGUACAGAUGCAAUAAUCUCCAGAUACUCUAAAAGUUUAACACUCAGCGUACGAGGAACGUCGAACACUGCAACCGAUAGUCUUACAGUCAAAAGGAAGAUUCUCGUGGACCCGAACUUAAAGAUCCAUUUGCAGACGGAAACAACAAGGCUUGUUUAAGACUGGGGGAAACGAACAAAUAAAGUCAAAGAACAACAAAAUCUUGGAGUUUAUUGCCAGGCAAUCUGUCAAAACCUGAAGAUGUAUAGCAUAUCAACGGUUAUCCUUAACAUUUGUGUAUUUUGUAUUAGCCAUAUUGCUACACUUCCAAUCUCCAAACUGUGUUAUCUCACAGACAUUACUUCUGGACCAUCUAGAGUUAUAACUUCCGGUGAAUGCGGGGUGAAAUGUGGAUCCAAGCCUGGGUGUUUGACUUUCAUAAUUUGUGACAUUGCAUAUUCAAAGACCUGCACAAUCUACAAACUGGCUGGCAAAGAAGCAUGCGGACAGGAGGGGGUACACUGCUCUUAUUUUUUACAGAAGACUGUACCGUCCGAUUCAGACGAAAUUACAAAAUCUCUCCAGUCUGAAGAUCAAAUCAUGAUAGGGUCUCCUGUAACCAAGACUACGACUACCAUCACCAAAACAGUCACCACGGUAAUCACAUCAUAUCCAGUAACAUCAACACAAGCUGAAAACAAGGAAGACAGCUCUACUUCGGUAGGGGAUAUAUCUGAGGAAGAUGGAGAGAAAGCAUCUCUUGAUAAUUCUACAUCUACUGUUACUACGGACAGAACCACGGCAUCGACGAUUCUAUCUGAGACACUUGGUUUAACAUCUUCCUCCGUUUCUACAAGACCUGAACAUUCCACCACCAUGACUAACAACGAAGCGCAGACUAGCGAACUCACAACCAAAGAGUCUUCCACAGCAGAAACCGCGGAUUGUCCCGAACAUCUUCCCGAAGGAAUCUGUCAGUAAUGAUAAUUUAGCAAUAGACUGAAUACGGUAGAUUCAACAUGAGUUCUCUGAGAUCAGACUUGCAGGAACUUUUAAAUCAAGGACGGCUUAAAAUUUAUAAAAUUACAGAGGAAUGUCUUUGUAAUGCCAUAUGUGUACUCAACUGAGCGGAAAUCAUAUUUUAGCGCAUUUUGUGGUAAAGUCAUAUCGCUAUUCGACGUUUGCACGAGAAUUUGAAAAUAUCUAUCUUGUCUAUCUUUAUACGUAGAAAAAGCGCUAAAAUCAUGAUAACGCUUAGUCCAUGAGCUCUAAAUUCGUGUCAAAUUUUGAAUAUGCUAACUUAAGUGUAUAUACACAUACAGUAACAUCGUUAUGGAAUCUGAAUUAAGUACGUUUCCGCAUUAUUUUUUAAGUCUGUUGAUAUUGAAUUCAUGUUGUGAACGACGAAUUGAAGAAGAAAAGACGAAAAGAUAUAAUUUUGUUAUUUCGGAACCCCGAUACAUUGCUGUGACUAUUGAUUGCCAAUCUGCCUAUUGAUUAUUAACGGCAUCUGUGAUAUAUAUAACCCUAUAUUGAAAACUUAUUGUUUUGAUAAAAUAAAAUAUAAGAUUUUGU